UUUGACAUUUCUAAAACUACCAAUUUGUUGUUCCAAGAUAAAGGUGUAUUAUCAUAUCUGCUUUUUUACAUUAAUAAUGAGUUAACAAACUAUGAUGGUCCCACAAAAUGUCUCCGAUAUAAUCAAUUUUUCAUUGUGACAACGAAUAUCAAAGGUCAACAUCGUGAGAUCGCAAUGUCAGUGGCACUGAAAGCAGUCCCAAAGUGUCUCCAAUUGGUGACUUAUUAAGUAAAAUUAAUCAAUUUUUUAUUAACGUGGUGGACAAGUGUCGCACAAUUCGAGUACAAAAGUUAAAUGGUCCUCACCUGUCAAGAAAUGGGUAAUAAUGCCAGUUUACCAAAGGGAAGGAGAAAGUCUCUUAGAUCUUUUGUACGGAGGUCUCACAAAAGUAACUUAAGCCAUACAUUUACUAUACCUGAAACAGAUCAUCAGAUGGAAUUAUUAAACGUGAAUACAGCGACUGAGGAAGAACUUAUGACUUUGCCAGGAAUAACCCGGGAGAUUGCCAAAAACAUUGUGGAACAUAGGAAAGCUAUUGGCCGAUUUAGACGAGUGGAGGAUAUAGCUGUAGUAAGGGGAAUUGGUGCACACAAGCUACAACUGCUUAAGCCUGAAAUAAGUGUUUCGAAUAGGAAAAACCAGAGCUGUGUAUCAUCGAGGGCCCCCAGUUAUGAUAGCUUAAAAAGCACAGAUUCAAAAGCAACUAGUAGAUCUUUUCGAGUAUUGAAUAUUAACAAGGCCACUGUUUUUGACUUGCAAAGUGUACCUGGAGUGACUCAAGAGAUUGCUGCUGCUAUUGUUAUAUACAGAAAUAAAAAGGGGUGCUUUAGAAAGAUAGAUGAUUUACUUAAAGUUAAGCAUGUUAAUAAGAUGAGGCUUGAUAAUAUUACCAGGUAUCUUACUCUGGAGGAUGAUGAUGAUUCUAUGAGUGAAAUUUCAGUUACUCGGCCUGGUAUACUUACAAAUGGAUUUAGUGCUCCUUUGCAAUCACAGACUAAUGGAAGGCCUCAUAGACCUCUAACAAGAACAAGCCUUUCUAAUGGUUUGACACCGUCUUCCGCGGGAGACAUCUUCGAAUUGCUGUCGGCAUAUUCUCCACGACCUAUUUUAAGUGAGGUUUUUAAAAAUCUGCGAAACGGCGAAUCCGCUGCGAGGAUAUGUUCCUGGAACUUGCAUGAGUUGAGCCAAGAUAAAGCUCAAAAUCCGGGAGUGAAGGAGGUUAUUUGUAGGACCAUUCUGGAAAAUGGUAUAUCCCUAUUAGCCGUUCAAGAUAUCAAAGAUGUUCUCGCUCUAAAAACAAUUUGCGAAGAACUAAAUAAGCCGACUCUAAGGCGGGUGGAGGAAUGGAAAGAAAAUAGUCUUAGUUGGAAUUUUUGCAUGCUGGAUGUGCACGACACUAAGCUGGGUUUUAUUUACGACUCGGGAGGCGCUGCCAAUGUUGAAUUAAUUUCCUUGAUGGAGAGUCCCAAUGACACGUCGAAUCACUGUGAUGCUCUAAUAGCUCAUUUCCUGGUGGGUGACCUGAAUUUGCAAGUAGUCAAUAUGAUUCUGAAGGACGGUGCCGAUUUGGUGUUUUUACAUGAGAAGAUUGCCGAUUUAAUUAACGAGGAGGAAUUUGUUCUCCUUUGCAUGGACUUUUCUUAUUGCAAAAAAGUCGAAGCUGCCAGUUUAACUUUAGGCAACCUUAAACCGAUCUUUCCCAGUGGAACCAACACGCAUUUUCCAGGUUCAAAACCAGAAAACAACAAUUCUAGUCAUAUAACCAACAUCCUAGUGAAUAAUCAGCUCAAACAAAACCUAACCGGUUACAAAAAUAUCGUCAGCAAAGGAAUAACUCACCUGGCGAUACCGAACGGUUGGUCAUGGGGCGGCCCGGUGUCCCCAAACCUGCCAAUUUGGGUGGAAUUAUAUUUAAGUGGUAAAGUUGAAAACGCUUCUAUCACGGAAUGGAACAUUUCACUAGACCGUUAGCUUGGCCUGUAUCGAAAUUUCCCAUCCCUCGACCUGUGUGGCAGUUUUCUGCUAUUAAGUAUAAAUAAUUAAAAUGAAACCAUAUCAUAACAUUAAAAUAAUCUAUAUAAUACAUGCUAAUAUGAGGCGUAUAGAAUCAAACCCCGCUAACUCCAAAAUGCAAAAUUUUAUAGGAAUUGAGAAAAACCGUUAGCUAGAUUAUUUUUUGAUAUUUGAUUGCCAAAUAUUUUUAAUUUAAAUUUUCUAUAUAAAAAUAUCUAAGUAUUGGUAAAAAAUCCACCAUGGCUCUAAGUUUUAGGCUAAAUAUUUAGGUUUUAGUUACGUUUGGAGUUAGCGGCUUUUGAUUGUGAAAAAUGGAUAUAGCGGGUUUUGAUUCUGAUUCAGGGUCCGAAAUACGCAGCAAAUAGGUAGAGCUUCUUUAGUUACUUUUUUAACUUACUUCACUAUAAAAAUAAAAACGUAGUAUGUCUUAAAUCAUGUUUAUUUUAAUUAACAGAAAUUGUAAUUCUAUAAAUUUUAACGGAAACAUUUUGAAUAAAACACAAAUUCUUUUAGAACACAUUUUUUAAAUAGACAGAGAUCCCAGCUCUUCAACUGGUUCGCACUGCAAAUCUGGAAGCUCUUCAUUAGCAUCAGCUUGAUCUGGUUGGCGAAGUUCAAUAUUUACGAAAAAAUCAAAAUCCUCGUUAAGCCUCCAGUUUUCGCCAUAGUGUGAUUUUAAUCAUUUACUUACUGCUAUAAUUUUAUCUUGUUUGACAGGAACGUUCACAGGAAGUUGUUGAGGAUUCAUUGAUUUGAUUUGCUUAUUUUUCUUCGUAACACUUCUAGGAUUGCCUAAUUCAGUUCUGUAGUUUACUUCACCUUGAACUUUCGUAAUUCGAUUUUUGUCAAGAGUUAUUUUAAACCGUUUCGAAGGAUUAAAUUUAAAGUGCCAUGCUCCAGGUGGCUUUAGUAUAUUUUGGGAUUCCUUCUUCCAAUCCAAAACAGGGACAUCGUCACCCAUUUUUAAUACUGUGGCAUAUUGUCUUAUGUGUUCAAUAUAUUGCUGUGGGGUCGUAAUUAUCUCUUUUUUUCUUAUAGCUUUCUCGAUAUUUCCAAACACCCUGUCGGGUGGUAUAAAACUGUGUCCAACUACAGGAAAAAUUAUCUCAAGUUUCUUAAUAUUUGGUGGCGCAUAACAUUCCAGCCAAUUUGAACACAUUUCCAUCAUGGUGGUGUUUUUGUUUUGGCCACCACAACCAUCAGCAAAAAGUCUAAUGUGCGUUUUACUCUCCAAAUUCAUGUUUAUGAGCCGAUGGAAAACAGCACUAGCAAUUUCAUUAGAGCUUUUCGGCCGAACAGUUUCAUUCCAACAAUAACAAAACACGUUUUCUGAAGUUAACGUGGUCUUGGAACUACCACAGACAAUAGUAAAAUUGUAGAAGUUAUAUUGCUUUGAAAAAUAUGCCUGUUGGUCUGGAAGUUUUGGAACUGGCAAAUUCUUUUGGCAGUCAAAUGAUAAUGUUAUCAUUUCAGGCUUUUCUUCCUUUAGUAAUGCAAAAAAAGCUCGUGCCUUAAGUUUAUGCACUGUUUUUUCAGCCAUCAGUGUAGCUUUUCUAGGAGGAUCAUCUCUCGCCAGCUUUAUUUUUUCACUUAUCUGAAUGCAUGUGGAACAUACAUCAGUCCUCGGAGAACCGAAGCCAAUGUUAUAUUUUGUACAAAAUUCACGUCUAAAAAAUGAUUCUUUAACACUGACAUUGUCAAGUGCUGAAUUUGAAUACAUUUGGUACAGUUUUCUGAUGUUUAGUUCUGACGGCAAAUAUACACGACAAGAACUCUUUGACCUGCAAUAAUGUGAAUCCUGACAUUUGAAAGAUUCCAAAAAGAACUGAAUUGUCUCUCGCCUACAUUGAUAUUUCUUGCUUUUAUGAUCUCCACCCCGGUUUUCAUGUGCCAUUUGCCCACUUUCAAAAUGUCUUUUUAAAACUCCAUAAACUCUAUCUUUAUUAAUAUCCAGUAUACUCAGAAACGCAGGUUUGCAAACUGGAAUUAUUUUUACGCUUCUAUUCCUUACAAAAAAUUUGUAACUUAAUUUUCUCACUUGCCUCGAACUAUUCUUUGGGCGCUUCCGCUUUGGCAAUUGAACGUUGGUAUACUUCACAAUAUAAUUAUCUUGAUCAAUUUUUGCAGGAGUAGCAUAAAACUUUGAGUGAAAAUCAGAUAUGUCAAAUUUGGUUAGAGUGCUGCAUCGGAAGCUCCUCGUUGCAUGAUUACAGCUUGGGACACCCGGUGGUCUUUUAGGCUUGUAUCUAAAAAUAAGUUGAAAGUGACAUAUUAUUGAGAUUACAACGAACCGGCUUUUCAUUUUACUUACAAAUUAUACAAAAUUAAACUUAUACAUUCUUAUUUUAACAAAUUUUAAUGUGCCCCUAAUUGUAGUUAUCAAAGUAGCAAUUAACAAUUUUAAAAAAUGUCCUAGUUUAGAUUUUCGACAAAAAAACGCUUACUUGCAAAAAGAUCCUGACUUGAGUAUAUAAAAAUACACUUAGAAACACAUUUUUACCAAAAUUACACAAUAGGACUUACCUCUCAAUCUUUUGCUUCUCUGAUUUUCGGUUGGAUUUGUUUACUAAACAUUUUCGGGCUUUGUUCGGUGUACAUUUUUGUACGGGUUUAUUAUACUCAUCCAUAUGUAUAUUUAAAACUUAUUUAUAAAAAUCACUAAAAGCAAUAACUCAGAUCCUGCACGAUAGAAAUCUAAACAUCAACUGAUGCAAUGAUACAUAAACAUGUGCUCGUAUCUAAUAGAGCAACGUCAUUGGUCAAAAUGGAGUUGGCGGGAUUUGAUUGUAACAUGUGCAGGGAGUUAGCGGGUUUUGAAAAUAAACGCGAUGUUUUUGCCAUAUUUUAGACCUCUUUUAGCGUGUUUUGAAAGUUAAGAUUCACACGACCAGAUUCAUUGGCAAAUUAGCUGUGAAAUUAAAUCAAAAUAUCAUUUUUGGACAAAAGUGGAGUUAGCGGGGUUUGAUUCUAUACGCCUCAUAUACCCUAAAUAGUUAAUUCCAUCUAUAUACAAAAGAAAUAAUUCCUAUAAAGAGAAGCGCAAGAGAGGAGACAAGGAGACAAAACAACCCGGAAUGAAGCAGCAGAAACGAGAAGCAUUGGAAGAAGAGUCUUUCUAUUCUUCUAAUAUUAUUUUUAUAGUGUAAUACACAUUUAUCUACUACGUUUCGUUCUUUUUUUUACAUUAAUCUUUUAAAGUGUUCGUAAUGGUAAAUGACGAAGUUUUUUAUCUCAAAGUUUAAACCUUUUCUAUGCUUAUUUACUUCGACUUUGGCCUUAGGCCUGUGGGCAGAAGCUUAAAAAAUUUGGGAAGUAGAAACAGCAUAUUUCUUUGCAAGUGUGAUUUGCUGAAAAUGUGCGAUUGCAAAUCCUUGUUUAUUUUAGAACGAGUAUAAUACUGAUGGUCUAGUUCCCUAAAAAUAUCUUUAACCUUUCUGUAGUAACAAAGACAUGCACUCACAAACAAUCCUCUUAAAUUUAGUACAUUUAGUUCCGAAUAAAGGUUAAUUGUAGGAUAUUGAUUGCUUUUGCUUAGGAUGAUUUUAAGUAUUUUAUUUUAGCAUACUUUUAACAUUUGCAUGGCAUUAUCAUUCAGACCACCCCAAAUUACUAAGCAAUAUCUUAAAAUUGAUUCUACUAGUGAAGUAUAUACUAUUUUUAGUGUUUUCUUAUCUAAAAUAUUACGAAGCUGAUAAAAUUUAUAAUAAAGUUUUCUAAGUUUUUUGGACGUUUCAAAAGCAUGUUCAUUCCAGCGUAGAUACUGGUCAAUGUAUAAACCUAGGUAUUUAAUUUUACUAAUUUUUUGUAUGCAAGGACAAGGACAGUUGUUAUUUAAUAAAUUACAAGUUGGGUUGUGAAUUUUAAUAUUACUUUUUUUAGGUUGAUCACUAGUUGUCAAAGAGAAAGCUAUAAAUUUGGUCUUUGUUAUAUUUAGGGUGAUUUUGUUUUCAUUUAUCCAGUUUUGAAUUACAUAAAGGCCUUGCUCUGCUUUCGAGUAUACACCAUCCCAGCUGUUGUCUGUGAAUGUGACUGCAGUAUCAUCGGCGUAACAAAUAACCGAACUAUCUUGUAGUAAUUUUCCCAAAUCAUUAAUAUAGAUCAAGAAUAAAAUUGGACCCAGGACUGUCUCUUGAGGAACUCCAGUAUUUACAACCAUAUCACUACUUAGGAUAUCAUUACAUCGCACUCUUUGCACUCGAUUUUCCAAGUAGAAUCUAAAAAGCUCCAGAGCUUGACCCCUUACUCCAACAUUUUCUAAUUUAUUUAACAGCAAGGUGUGGGAGAAGACAUUUCCUAUUUUCUUGCAUAUCUGACAUAAUUUUUUUAAACCAAAAAAAUAUUGCAUCAUCGGUGCUUUUAUUAGAUCUAAAACCAAAUUGUGCAUUAAAAAUUAUAUUUUGUGAUUCAAAAAAUGAAAUUAGGCGAGUCUUGACACAUUUUUCCCAUAUUUUUGAAAGGUUACUUAAUAGAAAUAUGGGCCUGUAGUUUGUCAUUUGAUAUGGAUCGCCGUUUUUAAAAAUUGGAAUUACUAUAGCAUUUUUCCACUCUAUAGGGAUCUUAGAUGUCUUAAAGGUUAAGUUAAUUAUAUGUGCUAAAGGAUCUAAAAUAUAUACAUGAAUUGGUUUAAUUAAUCUAACAGUUAUACCAUCCUCGCCAGGAGAUGAAUCUGUUUUUAAGGAGUUAAUGUGCAUUAUAAGUUCUUUUUUAUGUACUGGUCCUAAAAAGAGAGUUUUAUCUAUAUUAUUUUUAUUGUCGUUAUUGCGUUAAUUUUUUGAAAUAAUGUUAUUUGCCAUUGUUUCUCCAAUUUUUGAAAAGAAGUUAUUAAAAAGAUUAGAGGUUUGUUCUUUAUUUUUUACAAUAUUGCCGGUUUCAUCUUUAAUUGUUAUCACCCCUUUUUCAUUAUUUUUAUUUGUUGUUUCGCUAAUAAUUUUCCACACCUUUUUGUAAUUUUUGCCUGCAUCCUGUAUUUGAGUUUUAUAAUACUGAAAUUUAGUUUUUUGAAUUAAUUUAUGUAAAAAGUUUCUGUAUUUUUUAUACUGUUCCUCUCUCUCGAUGGUAAAUUUUUUUAACAAUUGUUGUUUUAAAGCAUCUCGAUGUUUGAUAGAGUUAAUUAAUCCCGAAGAAAUCCAAGGUUUGAGCCUUUUAAAUUUUUCUUUGACAGUGAAAUUGGUUGUGCAUUUUUUUAUAUGGUUUUCCAGAGUAAACAUAAAUUUUUCAUAGGCCUGCUGAGCAUUGUCCAAGGUGAUACAGUCUGCCCAGUUCUCUUGAGACAGUUGCAAUUUUAGUUUUUCAUAGUUUAUUUUUUUAACAUUUUGUUCUGCUGGUUUAUUUACUGUCUUACCUAAUUUUAUAUUAGAAGUUAAACCUAUCAAGUAAUGAUCAGUAAUAUCGGUUUGAAAUAUAAAUGGAGUUGGUUUAGAUAUUAAUUGUUUGUCGUAACGCAAAAAUAUGUGAUCUAUGCAGCUUGAUGACACUGCAGUCACGCGGGUAGCCUUGUUUACACAAGAAAAAAGACCAUUUUCGUUCAUUAAAUUUAUAUAUUCCGUGGUUUUUAAAGAGACUCGGUCUAAAAUAUUAAUGUUUAUAUCGCCAAUAAAUAUCUCUAAGUGAUGAUUACCUAAAGUCCCAAGAUAUUGCUCUAAGUCGUUUAAAAAAACAUCUAAAUUAGUUGAGGGAGGUCUAUAACAACAAGUCAUGCAAAUAUCAACACUAUCUAUCAUUCAUGCCUACUUGUAUACAUCUUGUUUUAGAAAAAGAUAUUAUGUUUGUUAAAUAUUUUAUAUGCCUUAUAGAUUGUAUACUUUCUAAUACAGUGAUAUUUUUCAAACUACUACCGACAUCUCUAGGUCAGGCCGGGUACUUCUGAGACCACCCUCGUAGCUGCAACUUUCCCUGGUAUUGAUUUAUUAUUAUAAUACUGUAGUGGCACAUUCCUUAAAAUCUUCUAUUAUAUGGUGGUAUAGAUAUAGUCACAAAGAUCCAUAUUUAAAAGUUUUAAAAAGUUUUCAUAUUUAAAAUUGCUGAACAAGAAUUUGCAAAUAAAUCUAAUUUUUUUUUUGAAAAUGACUGACACAAUAUAGUUAUUGGCAAACAAUGACUCGAAUGUUUAGAAUAACUUUGUGAACAUAUUUUUUGGAGUCGUUUGCAAAUCAUUUUUGACGACUGACAUUGCACAAAUCUACCUGACUGUAUCUAAAUGGGCGACAAUAUUUUAUCUAUUAUUCGCUAUCCAAUGGAAAAUUGUAAUUAUUGACUUAUUUUCACGAAUCUUAUAAAUAUUCAAAAUUUUAAAAUUUUGAAUAUUAUUAAGCCUGCCUAACUCAAUAAUUUUUCUCCACUGGACUCUGUCCAUCGUCAGUCUUACAAUGGAGUGGUAUAUUCUUAUUUUAGUCAUCAAGAUAUAUUUUUGGAUUUGAUAAACUGGAGGAUUAGGGUGACCUAAUGCGUCUUGAUUCAGUACUAAAAUAUGAUAUGCCUUAUUUAGUGAAUAAAUCUUGAAUUAUUCUGAUUAAAUCUUGUUCUAAUAAUUUUUAUGUAAUAUGAUAUAACGCAUAUUCAUAAACCUAAAUGAUAAACAUUAAACAGAAGAAAGUGAUAUAUACUAGUUUAAUUGCAAAAAUUUUAAAAUGCAGAAUAGAACAAAACUUAUAUUUAAUAUAAAUUAAUUGUUCUAUAUUAAAUUUUGCCAUUAUAUUAUUUUUUACGUUUCCUGGUAAAUUCACAAUCUUCUUAGGAUUAAAAUAAUGGUAUAAAUUAUGUAAAAUGCAAAUUUUAAAUUAACAAAUAGUACUUUGUUACAUUUAAAAUUUAAUAUUUCUUAACCCUGACUGAUGAGGUGGGGUUUCUCAAACCCUACCAAUUCUACGAAUCAUCACUCCUUAUUAAAUAAUGGUGGAAGGCCACUGCCGGUCUGUGUAGCUUUCGUUGAGCUAUUUAUCAGUACUCUAACGCUAAGCGGUGGUUGACUUUACAACAUUAGUAAAAACUGGGGUUUGCGAAACCACACCUCACCAGUUGCGUUGUUUUUAUCGAUUGCGUUUACUCGUUCGUGCCAUGGCUUUUACCUCUGCUAUUCCUCAAAUGAAGGUAGAUGGUCCCCGUUUUAAACACUGGGCUGAAACUGUUUUGAAUUAGAAAGUGGCGAUUAACAUGACAAUAUAGCGUUUUAUAUUCAAAGUGGCUAUGAAACUAAUUCGGAAAUAGAACUAUCACGAAAAUGCUGUGGAAUCGGGGCAAGACACAUUACUUUCUGAUAAUUAUCAAGAUUCACCACCUAUAGAAAAAAAAAGAAAUUCAACCCUAAAAGUUAUUACGGGGGAAAAAUAAAUUCAAAUGGUCUUCUGAACCUCCAAAUGCAAACGUUCGUACAAGGCCGCACAACAUAAUUUCGUAUCUUCCAGGCGAUAUUGUUCCUGCUAGGAAAAUAUAGUAGUCACAUUUCUUCGUGGGAGCAGCUGUGUACUGAAGUCAUUUUGGAUAAAAUAAUUCUCCGUACGAAUUAAAAGCUGUCACAAGUCAGGCAGCAAUUCUCUGAUCCAGAUCAACAUGAUUAAACCGAUGUAUACCCUAUAGAAUUUAAAGCAUUUGGCUGAUAUACUCAUCAGCCUUGAAAUUCAAUAAUAAGGACCUGGAGUACUUUUCGUAACGGAUGGAACAGAACAUGAUGUAUUUCGAUGCACUAUUUCAUGGAAGCAGACCCAUGUUAUUUAAGCCUGCCUUCGUUUUGAUAAUUUAUAAUGAGAUGAGCGAAAAAAGACUGAUGAGAUCGCUGGAUUUUUAAUACAUUUUUCAAGAACUGUCAAGCAUGUUACUCUAUCGGGGAAUAUGCAUGCAUAGACGAAAUGCUUGUCAGAUUCAGAGGACGUUGCCAAUUUAGGAUGUACAUACCAAACAAGCCACGUAAAUAUGGCCUUAAAUGAUGGAUACAAAGACACAUAACUGCUUCAAUGCCUAUGAUUAUUCAGGAAAGGAUAGUUAUGGAGAUACAUUUUCUGAUGAUAAAAUAAAAUUGUCAAAACCAACUCAAUCAGUAUUACGCCUAGCUGCUUCAAUUGUAAGAACAAGCCGAAACGUAACGACUAAUAAUUGGUUUUCAGCCAUCCAGCUUGUUACAGAACUUAAAAAACGAGGUCUCACUUACUUAGGCCCUUUGAGGAAAAACAAACAAGAAGUGCCAAAGAAAUUUCUUCUAUCAAACGUUAAGCAAGACCACUCAUCACUUUAUGGCUUUACUAACGAGAGAACCAUAAAUUAUUGCAUUCUACAAUGCGACAUAAGGAGGAGUUGACGCGCUAGAUGAAAAAUGCACAGUGUAUUUCGAAGAAGUAACCAUUGGCCAAGGUGCAUCGUCUACACUUUGCUCAAUAUAAACCCAGUUAAAGCAUACGUGAUAUUUUCAAGUUUUCCAGGACAUGCCGCAAAAAAAAAUUCCUUCAUAAAAAAGCACUGCAAAGAGUCCCAAGUAAAGUUGAGAUUAUUCAACGGUCGCUUGCUAAGAAAAUCCCGUUUCUUUGUGCGGAUUGCAGCACAGCUAUUUGUGGCAGCUGCAGUGUGUUCCGUUGCUUAGAUUGCGCUCAAUAGAUUUUAUUUGAAAUAUUUUAUAUAAGAUAAAAUAUAGAUAUAAACAUAAAGAUAAAAUAUAAAGAAUCAUAUUAUUAAUAUGAUUCUUUAUAUUUUAUCUUUUCCUAUGUUUUUCAAAGAUUUCUGGGCACGUUUUGUGAAUUUUUGAUUCAACAUUUUUCAGUUUGCUAACUUAAAAUAACAAUAAAACAAAACUAACAAUAAAAAAUAAAUUUUAAAGUGUAUUAUACUAAGAAUAAAAAUUAAAAAUUUGUAUUCUUCUUUUAUUCUAAAUUUUAAAGUGUAUGUAAAGUACACACUUUAAUGUAUAUACUAAAGUUUUAUUCUUGUCAACAAUAAGGUUACACAAAAGUACAUUUAAUACAGUAGACCACCGGUGACCAUUUUUUCCCCUAAUCCUUUUUUCCAGGCCGGCUUCCUGUUGUCUAUUUACUUAGUAGUCUAAAUUUUAAUAGUCUUCUAAUUCUUAAAUAUGUUCCUUUUCACCCGAUUCACGAACCUUUCCUAAAUUUGGUUCCUGUGUUCCAAUCUGCUGCCGGUCAUCUAAUUGUCAAGACACCUUGCUCGGCUUCUGAAUUUUCCAUUGUGAAACUUGGUCCUUGUUAACUUGCCUCCAAUAAUUUUUUUAGGUUAUCGAUGAACUUCCUUUAGAUCUUUUUCUUUUUUCAUAGUUAUUACCUUUAUCUUAUUAGAGUCUUUGUGGCUAUAACAUUCUACCAAACUAUCUUCAUUUUAUGAAAUGCUUCAAAGCAUUUUGGGUAAUAGUGCUUCUAUUACCUUCUAAAAUAAAGGUUUAAUUUGAAUUCUUUAAUUUCCUAGCCAUGUGGUGCAUGAUUUACCCCUAAUAAUUAAAUUUCCAUUCGUAAAUUUCACAAAGUUUCAAAAAUCAAAAGUUUAUUUUCGACAGUGAGUUUAAAUAUUACAAAAUUUUGGAUCCUAUGUUCCUAUGCUAUUUAUGAAUAAGUAGGGUAAAGUGGCGGAAUGCCGGCCACUUAAGAGAAGUUUUAAUUAAAUUAAAAAAAAUAAAAUAUAUAUAAGUUGCCGGAAUUAUUCCGCAGUUUAGGGGUCAGCCCUAAUAUCACACAUUGUACUUAUUGACAAAAAUCACACACCUAAAGUUUCUUUUUUCUCUAUUUAUACACUUACUAGGAGCCUAUCGAGAACAACUUACACACCUUAGCCAGAGUUCCCGAUUUUUCCCAAAUUCCCCACAAAUAAUGCAAAUGUCUUCGUUAAACUCGUCGUCUGAAUUUUCUUUUUCUUCAUCACAAUGAUUCAUCACAUCUAUGGUAGGCUACCUUAAUGUACUGCCUGAGAUUAAGUUUGUAACAUAUGGUAUUCCGUUUUUUUUUCAAAAAAACGCUGGUGUCAUUGGAGUUCUCAAAACUAGUUUUUUUUACACUUUUUACUUUUUUCUGAUCUUAUGUUCUGUAGCUGGUGUUUUCAAUUUUCUUUCUCUUCUAAAAUUUCCUUCAUAGGAGUCGAGGAAAAUAUUUGGAAGUGUUGCUUUUUUCCCCCUCUGGUGCUUUUUUGGUUAGCCACUUCAGAACAUCCAGGAACUGGUAAUAUUUCUUCAAAUUUUAAGUUCUCUCUUAUUUCAUCUUGAUUUGAUGAUUUUAUUCUUUCUUUCGUUAUAUUGUCAACCAUUUCAACCUUCCUAGUUUGUAUUUGGUUGUUUGUAGGAAUUAUAGCCGUUUUAAGUUCGUGGGUUGCAAAUUCUCAGCGGGAGCAAAAUCUUUAUCCGUUGCCUCAAAACCUUUAGUGGCUUUUUCUAUGGUUGAAACUCUUUCGAAAGCUUUGGUAAAAAAAUGAGCAACAAUUGGGUCUAACCUUUUCUCCUCGGUGUUCCCGAGUUGUAUGCUGCUUUUAGAGAACCAUAAAAAGUAAUAUCUAGAGGUUGAACUCUGUGCGAUGUAUAUGGAGGAAUCGUCAGAAUAAUAAUUUCCCCUCUGUUUACAGAAAUUGUAGACAUUUAAGGUGCAAUGACUGUAAUAUUUAUCAAAUAAUAAAACUGAGUCUUCUUUUGAACUUUUAAAACAGUUUUCAAAAUGCUUUAACUACAUAAUGAAUAAUUCUAGGGUUAUCCAUCCAUUAUCUGAGCAGUAAUAUAUGAAGCCCCUGAAGAUCCAUUUAACUUCAAAAGACAUGCCAUUUUUUUUCUAGCGUAAAUGAACAUUGGCGGAAUGUAUAUUCCAGAGGCGCUUAAUGCACAUAUGACAGUUGUGUUUUUCCCUUCUUCCAGCUAGUUAGAAGACCAACUCUUUUUUGGCAUAGACUUUGUUGGUCGUAAUUCCUGUUUCAUUAGCGUUAAAUAUUCUUGCUGAUGAAAUUUUAUAUUUGUCCAUUAGAGCAUUCAGGUUUGAAAAAAAUACUAAUUUCGUCUUUGUUAAAAGCCUUCACACGAUUUACGCUUGUUGAUUCCGGUUUUCUUAGUCUAAUUUCUGGAUUGCGUCGUAAAAAUCUCUCUAACCAAUCACGGCUUGCUAAGCACUUUUCUUUCUUUAACGGAGUUUCCAAAUUAUUGGAUUGGAACAUUUCGGCAGUUCUCUAACAUGACCGAAUUCUCUAAAUUUAGCCUCUAUUCUACUCACCACCUUUUGACAUAUCGGAGGACGAUCAGGAUGGAUUUCAUUGAAUAAUUGAGCAGCUUCUCUUUGAGUACGUGUUCUAUCACCAAACCCAACCAUGCACAGAAUUUCCAUUUUUUCUCGCUCCGUAAACUUUACCAUUGUGAAAACCGCAACUUUGCUCGCACACUUCACACUUGACAAUAUCUGUUUGGCGUACAACUGUCAUAUAGUUUCUAUGAAAAUACACGGUCACCAGCCAACAAUAAAAAAACACGAAUGAAUGGAAUUUUGCUCUGUAUAAAAAUUCUCAGAGAUAAGGUGACUCGUAAGGUGAACUUCAAUAAUAAUGUUUGGUCGUCUUUUUUUUCGAUAACUGUUGACUUUAGGUAUAGGACAUGAUGCAUGAAACAUACGUAGAAUUCCACGCGAAAUUCAAAAAUAAAAUAAAAAAAGGUGCUUUCAUUUGAAAAAAUUAAGUUAAUGGUCGUAAUUUAUUUUUGAGCAACCCUGUAUAUACAGACUUAACGUACAAAAAUGCGCAACUUCAAAUAAACAUCGACGGGUCCGAGCGUUUUUUUUUUUCGAACACACCCCUGAAUUUUAAAUGAAUUUGGGCAUAACUUUUGGGAUGCACUGUAUACUAGUUGAAUUGCAAAAAUGUUAAAAUGCAGAAUAGAACAAAAUUUAUAUUUAAUAUAAAUUAAUUAUUCUAUAUUAAAUUUUGCCAUUAUAUUAUUUUUUACGUUUCCUGGUAAAUUCACAAUCUUCUUAGGAUUAAAAUAAUGUUAUAAAUUAUGUAAAAUGCAAAUUUUAAAUUAACAAAUAGUACUUUGUUACAUUUAAAAUUUAAUAUUUCUUCACCCUGACUGAUGAGGUGGGGUUUCUCAAAACCUACCAAUUCUACGAAUCAUCACAACUUAUUAAAUAAUGGUGGAAGGCCACUGCCGCCCUGUGUAGCUUCGUUGAGCUAUUUAUCAGUACUCUAACGCUAAGCGGUGGUUGACUUUACAACAUUAGUAAAAACUGGGGCUUGCGAAACCCCACCUCACCAGUUACGUUCUUUAUAUCGAUUAUGUUUACUCGUUUCUGCGAUGGCUUUGAUCUCUGCUAUUUUUCAAAUGAAGGUAGAUGGUCCCCGUUUUGAAGAGUGGGCUGAAACUGUUUUGAAUAAAUUUGAAAGUGGCGAUCAACAUGACAAUAUAGCGUCUUAUAUUCAAAAUGACGAAAACUAAUUCGGAAAUAGAACUCACGAAAAUGCUGUGGAAUCGGUGUAAUUAUCUUCGGAUAAUUAUCAAGAUUCACCACCCAAAGAAAAAAAAAGAAAUUCAACCCUAAAAGUUAUUACGGAAAAAAUAAAUUCAAAUGGUCUUCUGAACCUCCAAAUGCAAACGUUCGUACAAGGCGGUACAACAUAAUUUUAUAUCUUCCAGGCGAUAUUGGUCCUGCUAGGAAAAUAUAGUAGUCACAUUUCUUCGUGGGAGCAGCUGUGUCCUGAAGACAUUUUGGACAAAAUAAUUCUCCGUACGAAUUAAAAGCUGUCACAAGUUAGGCAGCAUUUGUCUGAUCCAGAUCAACAUGAUUACACCGAUGUAUACCUUUUAGAAUUUAAAGCAUUUGGUUGAUAUACUUAUCAGCCUUGAAAUUCAAUAAUGAGGACCUGGAGCACUUUUCGCAACGGAUGGAACAGAACAAAAUGAUGUAUUUCGAUGCACUAUUUCAUUGAAGCGGACCCUGGUUAUUUUAGCCUGCCUUCGUUUUGAUAAAGCUGCAUAUAGGGAUGAGCGAAAAAAAACUGAUGAGACCGCUGGAUUUUUAAUAGAUUAUCAAGAACUGUCAAGCAUGUUACUCUAUCGGGGAAUAUGCAUGCAUAGACGAAAUGCUGGUCGGAUUCAGAGGACGUUGCCAAUUUAGGAUGUACAUACCAAACAAGCCACGUAAAUAUGGCCUUAAAUGAUGGAUGCAAAGACACAUAACUGCUUCAAUGCCUAUGUUUAUUCAGGAAAGGAUAGUUAUGGAGAUACACUUUCUGAUGAUAAAAGAAAAUGGUCAAAACCAACUCAAUUAGUAUUACUCCUAGCUGCUCCAAUAGUAAGAACAAGCAGAAACGUAACGACUAAUAAUUGGUUUUCAGCGAUCCAGCUUGUUACAGAACGUGGAUUUUUUCAUGCAAGCUUCACCGUACACAUUGUUUAUCUCACGAUAUGUUUCGAGUGGUUUUUUGUUCGAUUUCACCAAAAAUUUAAUCGCGUAACGUUGUUCUCGAUAUCCAGUCCUUGUAAAUAUUAGAGGCGACUUUCAUACACGUCUUCUUCGCAAUGUCACUACUUGAGCACUAAUGAUCAGAUCGCUACCAAAUUUGUACUGUAAAUAGGUAUUAGUAUAUUGUUUCAUGCCAUGACCACGAGAUGUCACUGUAUUACACAGCUGCUCGUGGCGAGAGUCUGAGUCUUUAUUGAACAGCCCUCGUACUAUUUUUGAACGAACAAUGCGUUAAAUAAACGUAUAUACUAUGUACAGUGUUGCUUGGGUGUGUUUUACUCUGCUACGAUUAAAUACACGUUUUUUCUCUUUCAAAUCUUGUCUUGUCAAACUUGGUCCCUGUUAACUUGCCUGCCAUUUAUCGAAGAAAUUUUUUUACUCUUUCUAUAGUUAUUACCUUUAUUAGAGUCAGACCUUUUUUUGUUAGAAUUGUCGUGUUAAAAUUCUGAACCAGAAGGGCUAAAAAAUUCUUCCAAACUAUCUUCAUCUUCUGAUCCAUGUGAAAGUAUUAAACGCCGUCGAUUCAUCAUUAGAACUACGUAAUAGGACUUCUAGUGCCUUUUGAAGGUCUAAUAUUCUUCCAUUUCCUAGCAUGUGAACGACUGAUCCCUAAAAUAUUUAAAAAAUCAUUUCAUGAGUCGUAAAAAAAUAACGCCAGUUCCGAAAAAGAUAUUUCCAUUCAUACAUUUCAAAGGGUUUGUAUUCUAGGGAUAUUAUUGUUUUUAUUGGUAACCGAAAAUAUUAUAACCAAAAAGUUAUUUUCGACAUUUAGUUUUAGCAACCAAUCGUCUAUAAACUAAUAAGUAGUGGAGACCGGUGUCAAUUGUAACAAAAUAUGCUUUUUUAUUUUUCGUUGGUUAAUCUUGCGCUCUAAAAAACUAAAUUUAUUUUGCUAAGGAUAUGUUCUACGUUCGAUAAAACUUGUCGGAAUUUAAACUCAUAAAAUUUAUACUAAAACUAGCUGAAUGCUCGCGGCGUUGCUCGCGUGAAAAUAAAAGAAAAGUCGAAGAGGGCCUCCAAUAAUAGUACAUGCAACCCACAAUACACAAAAAUAAAAUCCAAAGCCUCGCCUCAUUAAUAAUAGGUACAUGCAACCCACAAUUGCCACGCCGUUUUUCUUGAGGUCAAGGGGCGCGAUUAAUAUAAUAUAAUUAUUAUAAAACCAAGACACAAAUAUUCUUAAAAAUGAUUCGUUAGAUGCAGAGCGAGCGGUAAGACUGAGUGGAGUCACUUCUCGGGUAUCAGUCUCGCAUGGACCCGCCUUGUUGUUAUGUCUACCAAAAUAUAAAUAAUACAGAGGCACUUUUUCAAUCGUAUUUACUAAUCAGUUUUAUGCCGCUAUGCGAUAUUUAUCAUAUCGCUAACACCUCUUAUCGAUGGAAUUUCAAAAAGUUCGUUCGUAUCCGGGGCUUACAUUAUAAAAAAACAUUGUUGCAGUUAAUUUUUUUUUUAAGUUGAUGCCUGCGACUUGUUGGUGCGGGCAGUCUCCUUUUAAACCCCGAAGCCACGCCCCCUUAGUUCUCGAGGUCACGGGUAACAAUUUUCCCAUUUUUUACCUCUUAUCAGUGGAAUUUCGAAAAAUCCGUUCUUAUCCGGUGCCUACAUUAUAAAAGUAAUCCGUUGGCAAAAUUUCACGUUUCUAGCUAUUGUAGUUUGGGCUCUGCGAUAAUGAGUCAGUCAGUCAGGACAAACUCUUUCAUAUAUAUAGAUAAAACUUUACCACUUUUUAGGAGGCUAUGACAACUGUUACAAUUGGCACCUAUCUGGUGUCAAUAAUAACAACCAUGGUGUUAAUUGUAUCAACCAUCUAUACCGACGCAAAAAGUAAAGAAGGGGUUAUAAUAAAAUACUUCACCUUAAAAUAAGUUUAUUUUUUACGUAAAAUAGGAAAUAUAAAAAUAUUAAUCUUAUAAUUCAUCAUCAGAAUUACAGUUUACGCAAACAUAAAAUGGGUUUUUAUCUGUGCAGGUUAAAUGCGCCCAUUCUCUGCAAGUUCUACAUUGUAUCCAUUCUUCUGAGCUUAAGGAAUAUGGUCCAGAACACACUAAACAGAAAGUGUCAUCAUUAGAAAAAUCUGAAGAGUAAUUUUCCACCGUUUUUUUCUUAACUGUUUUAUUCACUUUCUUGCUCUUAUUUUUAUUUGUUUUGUUGGUGUCAUCUUUGCCAAUUUGCCGUUUUACUAAAACUUUCUUCUUUAAAGUUUGUUCUUCAAUAGAGUUUUUUUCGGGUGUGUCAGUCAGUAUAGCAGUUUUUCUUUCCAUUCGACCCCCUUUUUUCGCUUUAGAAAGAUCGGCUUUGGGCAAAGGUUUUAGAACAUCAGGUGUAAUAAAUGCUACCGGUUGUAGUUGACGCGAAGGAGUGGUGUCCCUGACAGUUGAUGGUCCUGGCUGAGGUAAAGAAUUAGUGUCUCUUGUCGUUGAUUGUUCCAAUUGACUUUCAGCUAUUUCAGCAGGUUUAGCUGUAGGUGAUUUUGUUGUAGGGUUUCAUCUAGUGGUCUAUUAGUUACCGUUGAUGGUAAAAAAUCUGAAUCUUGAAAAAUUCUACGGUUAAAGGGAUAAAUGUCGGUGCAAGAAAAUCCUGAUAAAAUAUUUGUUGGUGUAGUGGCUAAAGGUAAAGAUGAUUUAACAAUUGAUGGUAAAUCAUAUAUUGUCAUACGCUUUCCUGGAUUGUUCUUCAUCUAUUGAUCGGCGUAGUUGUUGAAAUACUUUUUAAAAGUGCCAUAUACACCACGAUCCAGUGGUUGGAGACGGCGGGAAGUGUGUGGUGGAAAAGACAACAAUGUUAUGAAAUUUGCUCUGCAAUAAUCUAUUAAUGAAAUGGAUACAUGUGAAGAGUGAUUGUCUAAUAAAACCAAAAAUUUAUUAGUCUCGCUGGGUUUAGCGUGUUUCACAAAGUAUUUUAUAAAGUCAAGAAACUCAUUUUCUUGCAUCCACCCGAAGUUAUUUCCUUUUCCUACGCAUCCAACAGGUCCAUAUCUAAUAAAAUGAUUCUUGAAAUGCAACCGAGGAAAUACAAACAUUGGCGGAAUUGCGUUACCAACAGCGUUUACAGCCACACACAGCGUAACAAGUGUUCCACGCUCCUGACUUGCUACUGAUCCUACUUGCUUGGUUCCUUUUUUUGCAAUGACCUUGGUUGGGUUUUGCACCGUGGACACACCAGUCUUGUCAAUAUUGUAAAUAUUUUGUGGCUCAAAAUUGUGUCUUUCCAAGACAGUUGCCAGUUUAUCAAAAAAGACAUUUUCUUUGUUGAAAUUCAUGGCUCGCGCAAGACUUGUUGCUUGGGGUGUGCGAAGUGUUAAAUAAGGAUUUCUUCUCAGGAAAGCUAAAAGCCAAUCUUCACUAGCCUGUUCUACUUCAUUCCAUUUUUGAGGAUAGUUAAGCCGAUUGGCAGAUGCAAACUAAAAGGCUAGUUUACGAAGAUCCCGUGUAGUGAGGCCAAAGUACAAAUCGACAGUUUUUUUACAGUAUUUGACUAGCUGUGACUCUUGCUCAACAGUAAAUACCCUGUUGUAAGGAUUGUACCCCACCUUAGGCUGUAAAUUAUUACGUAGAGCAUUUACAAAGCGAUUUAAUGAAACAUGGCACAUUCCAUAACUUUUAGCCACUUUUCUAACAGAUUGCUCAUUAUCAAUAACCUUUCUUGCUGCUUCUUCAUAAAUAACUUUAGGUAUCAGUCCCCCGUCGGUCUUUCUUGGUCUCGGUUUCACCAUUUUUUAUGACUAUAAAGAAGAAAAUAUUUUUUAAAGAAAUCGUUAAAUAUUCUAAAAGAGACUUGAUAAUUAUUUGUUGUCGUAUGGGCUUAUAACAAUAAAACAACAAAUAAUUUUGCCAUAUAAGGAGUCAACAGAUAAAUAAAUAAAAUCGGCAUAAAGUUAAAAAACAACUUUGAUUUUAACACGUACUACGUACUUGACACCGUAGUACGUGUUACAAGCGACACCUGAUAUCCUUCAAAAGUAAAGUGUACAUUUCUGUUUACUUAAGAAAAAACAGCCAACCGCUAUCCACUAAAAAAUAAAGCAAAAGCUUUAUCAAAGCCUACCCUUACCUUAAAAUAUUGUCAAUCUUAACACUUGGGAUUCACAAACAAAAAUGUGACGACACGUUUAUUUACUUUUCCGGCAGUUUAUUAAAAUUUGCCUACAGAACGAACGGCACGCACGAAAGAUAUAUUCAAACUAAUUACGGGUCAGCAGAACCGCAUUUUACUUUGGCCCAUACGCGUGUUUCUACAAAAUUGAAGAAGAUGGCGCUGUUGUCGGCCGUGUUACUUUCGACACCUGUUACAAUCGACACCGGUCUCCCCUACUACAAUAAUCUCAACUUUCAGUUUUGCCUGACGUCAAAUUUUCAUUUCUUUAAAAAACUAGCACGGCCUGUGAUAUGUUACAGAUUUAAAAUGAAAAAUUAAAGCUAUUACGAUUUUGUGUGAUGCAACAUAAGAUGCAAAACAAAUAGUGGUGUUUUAAUAUUUUGUUAGAAAAUUACAAUAUUUCUAAGAUAUGUAAUUCUACCGUAAAAACUACGUUGUCCCAGGAAUAAAACUUUCUCCUAAUACUAAUAAAUAAGUACUUUUACUCGGAAAAUUGGAUUGGUUUAAUAUUCGAGAACCGAAGUUGCUUCCUAGAAACAAAGGCUUACUUAAAAGAAACGACGUUUGAAAAAGCGUAUAAGAAUUAUUUAUAGGAAAUAUAUUUAGGGCUGCAGUACGUAUUUCUAAGUGCCUAAAAUCAAAGCCGAUUGUUUGCUUUUACAACCUAUUAAAUUUAAUAUUCUUCCCUUGAGGGAGUAAUAAACGUUUGGAAAUUUAAUCCGCAUACUAUAAUGGAACAUACGAAACUUUAUACCACAACUAUUAAUUUAUUUAGUUAAUACACAAUCGAUAACUUACAGUGGUUUCUAAUUAUUGAUUAAAUAAUAAUUAGAUACAUAUCGUCCCUACAAUCUGCAAAUGUCGAAUGUGAAAAUGCCUACUUUUUAGGAGAGCUAAAAUCUAUAUUCGUCACUUUGCAUCUUAUUAAAAAUGUGUACCAAUUUACGGCUUGGUCAAAAAUUUUACUUCAAAGAAUCGAAUGUGACAUAUUCGAUUGUUUGUGUUAUAAAAAUUAAAUUAUUUGUUUUUAAUAAAAGUCAAGUAAUGAAACAAAAAUUGACAUACAAAUUAUUUAAUAUAAGCACUAAACACAUUAGAAAACAAAACCAAGAAUAAAAUAAAAAUAUGGUUAAGUGGAAUUAAAUGAUAGAAGAAUCAUCAUUCUCGUAGAAAUUUAAACAUGAAAUUAAAUUACAAUUAGAAAUAUUUUUUAAAUCUCUUCGGGCUCAUCUUCAUCUUCAUUAGCAUCUGGCUCUGGUAAACAGUCCCUUACUUCGCUUGAUGUUGGUAGGGAGUAGUAGUAUUGGUGGUAGGGUUUUGGGAUCAAAUUUUGUGAGCACAUUGACAAAAGAUCUCUUUUUUUUACAUCGGUUAUGGGAAGUCUAUUAUUAUAAGGAGUAGAAGGAAAUGUUUGAUAAUAUCCUCUUUUUUUUGUAGCCACUAAUUUCAAAAAGUCCUCGUUAUAGUUUCGUUUCAUUAAAAUGUGUUUGUUUUCAUUCUUUUUAUAUUGAAACCAUACACCAUCAAUGAAAGUAAAAUGAUCGUCAAUAACUGGUUCCAUUUCAUUUACUUAAUUUUUUUGCUUUUUCUUGUUUUUUUUUUGUUUUUCCAUUUCAAAUUUAAUAUGAUUUUUAUUAAACUCCAAGAUAUCAUGGAGUAGCUGAGUAACUUCAAAUGGAGUUGGGUUUUUGCGCGCUAGCCUUAUAAUUUGAGCCCAUCAUUCCAGGUUGUAAGCAGGACAAUUUUUUGAUUUAACUUCGAUCUUUGAAUGUAUAGAGUCACACUCCAUGUGACUGUGUCCUGGCUUAAAGUAUACAUGAUCUAUUGUUUUUAAAUUUGGGUGAGUGUUAACAAGAUAUUGACACAUAGCUGAAAAACUGAAGUUUUUCUGCUGUCCACCGCAGCUGUCCGACAUCAUUUUAACAUGCUCAAUAUGUGGAAACGACAUAAUGUAUUUAUAAAUACACGUAGAAAUGUCGGUGCUUCCCCGUUUUCCCUCCGUUUCAUCCCACAAGAAACAAUGUACACUUGAGUCUCCCAAGUUAUAUAUUGUUAAAUUGUAAAUAGCAAGUUUUCUUACGUAAAAAAAAGGUCCUAUGGCUCCUUUAGGAGUUGAUAAAACUGACUGCAAAUCAAAGUUAAAAGCCAUUAUAUUUUUAUUAACUUGAGCUUUGUCUUCAUUUCGUUUUGCUCUGGCUGCUUCUUUUCUUUCCUGGUACUUGGCAUACGAUUCAGCCUUUUUAUUUUUCUCUGCCUCUGAGCAUUUUUUAAAUGCAAUGCAGAAUUUGCACAAAUCUUUUGGGCUUAUGAUAUUUCAAUUUAUAAGAUUUAAAUAUUUUCCUGUAGGUUUCAUAACAAUUUACUUCUGUGCCUUGAACUUGGCAUUCUGUCAUACAUCUCAUACAUGGAUUUUUUGUUUAGAUUUGAAUCCAAAUAUUUAUAGUCAGACUUUUUUCGGCAAUAGUGAGAUUCUAACGCGGGAAAUGAAAAUAUGUGAUUUUCAUCGAUCGAUCUUCAUCGUUUGCACUGAGUUGGUCGUUAUCUCCCGCUUUAGAUCUUUUUCCGCCUCUUCUUUCAGGCUCUAAUACUCCCAUUGGUGAUAAACUUUUUAAAGGUCCCUUUAAUUAAACCUUCACUGAUGCCAAGCGUAUCGAGAAAAAAUUGUCUGUAAACCACAUGUUUUUCAUUAUUGCUCGUCAAUGAAUAUUUUUUUGUCACACUCUUUCUUGAAAUUCCAUCGACAACGCGUCUUUUAGGUUGUUCUACUACAAUAUGUCUAAUAAAGAACUCCCGCUGCAGAUGAAGUGAAGACAAUGAAUGAAAAUUAUCAAGUAUAAUUUGUCUUUCACUUUCGGGAAUAUUUGUGAGACAUUUAUGUUUGUUUAAACACGCAGAAGGUUUUAAAUGUUUAGCAGGAAUAUUUUUGCCACUUUUGGUAACGUAUGCUUCACCUUUUAGACGAAGCUUUUUAUUUUCAUUUCGCUUCCAGAUGUUAGGAUUGGAUCUACAGCGUUUUUUAGGUGGUUCCAAUAAACAAUCACGAGUACUAGAGGAUGCGCUACUUACAUCUUGCACGUUAGUACUGUUUGUCAAGUUUUUAUUUGUUUGUAGGUGUUGAUUUUCAAUAUGCUCUUCAUCACUAGAGCUGAUUACUCUGUCCUUUUUAUUAUCUUUCUUCCGUUUAGGGUAUUCAUAAUUUUUAACUAAAAUUAAAAUUAUUAGACAAAAAAAUAUAUUACAAAGAAAAAAAUACCUUGUCUUUCAGAUUCAUCAUCAGACUCCUCGCAAUUUACUUGCUUAGGCAAAAAAGUAGGGUCAGAGUCUGAAUCAUCUAAAUCAAAAUUCUUUUCGGGACUUAGGUAUAAACCAUCUAAAAAAAGUAAUAUAGAUGUUUUCAAAAAUAUAUUAAUCAAUUAUUUGUUUUAUAUUUAAUAUUACCUUCCUUAAGAAGAUUUUUACUAGAGCGCGUAUAGUUAAUUAAUCGCAAUCAGUAUCUUGCACUUCAUUUAUGUUAUCAGUGACUCAAAAAAAAAUAAAAAUGGUAUAUUAUCGAAAUAAGAUGGGUGGAUCUAAAAAAUUAAAAAAGCAGAUAAUAAAAAUACCUUUUUUAAUAAUAUCAACAGGUUCGCGCAUAAUGAUCUGCUCUGAAAAAGGUAUAGGAUCCAAAAAAUCAUCGACUACAUAGGUUACAUAAACAUAAAUAUUCUAAAAAAGUUAUUUAUAUUUUCUUAAAAUUACUCGUAUUAAUAAAAUAAUUAUUUGUUAAAUACCUUCUUCGGGGUAACUUAUGUUAUCAUAGGAAAAAAAAUCCCUAGUAUGAUCAACAUCAUUAUUUUCACAAGACUGGUCGUGACAGACAUCAGACUCGUGGUUCCCUGGACCAGUGCCAACUAAACUAGCUGCGGAUUCAGCGCCAAUUCAAAAAAUAUAAACAAUUUCAAAAUAAGAAAUGUGGCACAUUCGAUAAAUUAACGAAGCCACGUUCGUAUACUCUGCUAAUACUUACGAACUCCAACUAUCGAAUACGAAAUAUUGUAUAAAAUGACAUCCGUUAAUUUCAAAGAAUUUGCAUUUUCACCAAAGCGUAACUAUCGAAUGUGCCACGCCACAUUCGAUAUUAUGCUUUGUAUUAAUUGCAAACCCUACAUGAUUUUUUCCAAAUUCAACUAUCGAAUAUGGCACAAUCAAUACUAUGAUAUUCAAGUUUUUGAGGAUUUUUUGAUAUUUGCAGUGUCUAACUAACAAAUGUGUCGAAAAAUAUUCGAUAGUGUGUAGAUUUACAAAUAUAACAAGUUUUAUGUAAUCUCGGUACAAAAGAGCGAAUGUGAAUAUUCGAUACUUUGAUUUCGUAAAAUAUAGAAUUACAUAUAUAUUCGCUACUUCUAAAACGCGUUCUAAAGGAGCUACGGAUUCAAUAAUUUGCCACAAGACGUAUUACGUCUAGUAUAACAGCAAUGUAUCGAAUUUGAAAAAUCUUUCUUUUCACAUUCGAUAGUUGGACAUUGUAGGGACGAUAUUUACAAAAUACUUGUUAACGAAAUAUUUAUUUUUUUUAUGUAGGGUUACUCUGAGCUGAUAAAACUAAAUAGGCACAACAGAUUAUUUGAACACAAAAGAGCCAACGUAAGGUCUUAUAUAAAUUAAACACUAGAAAUAUAGAUAUAUAUAUAGAGUAUUUUUAAAUGUUUAAGUUCCUACUGUCACUGUAAAUCCAUCUGAAGUAGAACAUUUGUCAAACUUAAAUUAAAGGGAGUUAAAUAGUUGUCACGAGGUUCAAAGUGAUUUAAAUUAUUUACUAUAAUUCUCGCUGGUUCUGCGGAUUACCUCUGCUUUAUCCAAAACGCCAUCUUUAAUGGCUUUUCUGGACCUUAAAGGAUAAAAAAAUACAAAAUGCAUACUUUUAAUAAGUCAGGUGUCUUAAAUAGGAAUAAUUGGUUUUACCGGCAUGACUGGUAAAUUAUAUAAAAACCCUUUUUAUUUUAUUUAUUUGAUAAAUUUUAUUUUGGUAAAUGAAAAAUAUAUAUGUAGAUCUCUCUGAACUGUAUAAAGUAACUUUAGUAUAAUUCAGUUUGCUUUAUCUAUUUUAUGUACCUUUAAAUGUAAACAAUUUGACCAUAAAAAACAAUUUAUCAUCUUACUAACAUUUCAUCGAAUGUGAUAAGCACAAAAACUUUCUAAUUUAUAUACAAGCAAUUUGACACUGUAGGCACAAAUUUCAUAGAUCUUAGAGUGAAAGUGUAGAUUUAUGUGAAUUCUGUGUUAGGGAUUUUUAUUGGUGUUAUAGAUUUUAUUUUAUUGUAUUAUGUAUGUACAAAAAUAAAAAUAUAAAUGUAUUAUUUUUA